AUGCCUCGCCCACCCAAGAAAAAAGCUAAAAAGAAUGCUGAAAACAAAGACGAUUUUAGAUCCAAGAGCGGCAAAGCCUCAGACCUGGAAGCAGAAUCAUCCGAUGAAAUGAAGAACCUGGCCAGCAUUGUCAAAUUAAAACGGAGCUCAAAAACUGGAAAUCAUUCGUUCGAGAUUUUCGAAAGAAAAUGCUCUCAACUAAUCGAAAACACGACAAAGGAGAUCGAGCUCAAAAUAAAGACUCAUGAAGAAAACUUAGCUCGAAUAUAUGAAUCAGUUGAAGAGAUAAAUGAAGAAGUCGAACCCGGGGAAAAUGAGGCUGUUUUUGAAAGAAAAUUGAAUAAAAACUUUGACGCUGAGAUCAACUCUUUAUCACGAGCUCUCACCGACAUGAACACUCAGAAAAGCUGCGAUCGUGACGAAUUGCAGGUAGAUUCGGAGCUUCUGGAAGAGCUCAAUCUGCGACCAGAACGAUUGGCUGAAUUUUCACAGUUAAUGACUGCUGAAUGCAAAAGAGGGUUUCGGAUGUACUGUGAAAACAAUCUACUGGUUUCUGAUGCUCGAAAAUUCAAAGAAAGAUAUAAAGCUCUGAUGAAAGAAGCGUUAUGGGCAAAAUAA